CCAUAGAAAGAAAGCAAAGAAGAACACUCCCACCGAGCUUCCUAGUGAUUACCAUCCAAAUUCCAGACAAGUUCCAAGUAAUUUCAAAUCCCAAUUAAAAAUGGAACCUCAUUUACUUUUCAGAACGGAAUGAUACCUUCUGUUCUAAGUUUUCUUGUACAUGUUAUAUAUCAAUCCUAUGAAUCUCGGCCUUUCUCAUCCAAAUCCCAGAUAGUAUCUUUUAUGGGAUAAAAAUUCCUAACAGAGCCCAACAAACAUGGCCUUCAAGUUUCUCCAAAACCAUCCAAUUCUUGCUUUCAUUCUAGCUUUGUUAUUCACCCAUGAAAUUUUGUACACAGCCUUUGCUGCCUCUGGUGGCAGAAUGGGUGGUUCUUCCUUCUCUUCAGAGGAAGAAAAAUCGUCAUAUUCCUCGUCUAAUUCUUACGAUGUAUAUCAUUAUCAUUAUGGUCAACCAGGGUAUAGUCGUGGCUAUGGAUCCUAUGAUGAUAAUAGCCGAAGGGUCAAUGCAGAGCCAAGGAGAGAGAACGAUAUGAAUAAGAGUGGCAAGGGUUUUUUUUCAUGGCUUGCUCUAUUGCCAUUUGGAAUUUUUGGUGGGUUUUUACUUUGGAUGGUUUGUACUUAUGAUACAGCAACGAGCGUUGUCAAGAUUCAGGUUGGGCUAUCAGGCAAGGCUCAUUCACUUCAAAGAGAUCUUAAUAAUCUUGCUGGAGCUGGAGACACAUCUGAAAAGAAGGGUUUCCACAUCAUAUUAACAGAGUCCAUAGUAGCCCUGCUUCGGCAUCAAAAUUAUUGGAUCUCUGGUUAUUCAUCUGUGAAACAAAAGCGAGGUGUUGAAGCUGUGGAAAAGGAAUUCAGACAACUUUUAGCUGAAGAGAGAGAGAAAUUUGAAAUCGAGUCGCUUGUCAAUGUUGACAAUAUAAAAGUUCAAAGAACCCUUAUCCCAAAGGACAACAAACUUAGAAAAGAUUACAUAGUGGUCACACUCGUGGUCGCUGUUAAAGGUACACCAAAUCUUCCUCCAAUUAGAAGUACAGAGGACUUAAGAAAGGCCUUGUAUCACUUGAAUUCCAUCACUUCCAGAGAAACAUUGGCUGUUGAGGUGCUUUGGACCCCGCAGGUAGAACAUGAUACAUUGUCAGAAGAUGAAUUGCUUGAAAAAUACCCGAUUUUGAGGCCAAUAUGAUCAUGAUAAUUGCAAUCUGUUUGGAGGUCGUAUGGGAUGCACACGUUAUUUUUUGACUCGCAAAGGCCAUUAAGAGGAAUGAAAUUGUCUGUGUCCUUAUAACAUAUUUUCAAGUGCAAAAUUAACCUAUUUUACAUUUCCACCUAAAUGUAUUAAUAUGUUAACUUAGCUGAAAUGCCAUAUUAGGCACUUAUGUCAA